AUGGGUGCUGCAACCACGCGCGCCGCGGGUGGCGCACCGAUGCGCGCUGCGACCAUGCGCGCCGCAGUGAUCGCAGCGCUGUUCGCGCUGCCCUGCGCGAGCCUGCGGCGCGCCGCGGCGCCCGCGCGGCGCCUCGCGCCCCGCCUCCAGAGCGCCGCGACGGCGGCGCCGGCGUGCACGACGGUGAACGUGGAGCUCGGCGACCGCGCCUACCCCAUCUACAUCGGCGACGGCCUGCUGACGUCGGACGCGACGACCGCCGCGUCCUACCUCCAGCCGCACGUCGGCGGGUCCCAGGUGCUCGUCGUGACGAACGAGGUCGUCGCGGGCCACGGCUACCUCGACGCGACGGUCGCGGCGCUGAAGCACGGCGACAAGGGCGCGAAGCUCCGCGUGGAGACGCUCGUCCUCCCGGACAACGACGACGAGCCGUCGGAGGCGACGAAGACGCUCGAGAAUUUGGGAGUAAUAACGGACUACGCGAUCGAAAAGGCGCUGGACCGCAAGUGCACGUUCGUCGCGCUGGGCGGCGGCGUCAUCGGCGACAUGGUCGGCUUCGCGGCGGCGUGCUACGUCCGCGGCGUCAACUUCAUCCAGAUCCCGACGACGCUCAUGGCCAUGGUCGACUCGUCCGUGGGCGGGAAGACGGCCGUGAACUCGAGAGGCGCGAAGAACGGAGUGCUUCAAUUUCGCUUCAACAUGAGCGCGAAGAACAUGGUCGGCGCGUUCUACCAGCCCGUCGCCGUCGUCGCGGACGUGGGGUCCCUCAACACGCUGCCGGAGCGCGAGCUCGCGUCGGGCGUCUCGGAGAUCAUCAAGUACGGCCUCAUCCGCGACGCGCCCUUCUUCGAGUGGCUCGAGCGGGAAGGGGUCGAGGCGAUGCUCGCGCGGGACCGAAAAGCUUUGAUCCAGGGCGUCGAGGACUCGUGCCGCAACAAGGCCGAGGUCGUGGCGCUGGACGAGAAGGAGGGCGGACUGCGGGCGACGCUGAACCUGGGCCACACCUUCGGCCACGCCGUGGAGACGAAGAGCGGCUACGGCACGUGGCUCCACGGCGAGGCCGUGGGCAUCGGCAUGUCCAUGGCCGCGCACAUGAGCCACGAGCUCGGCUGGAUCGACGCGGAUUUGAAGGAGCGGUGCAUCGCCCUCGUGAAGAAGGCGCGGGUGCCCGCGUUCCUGCCGCUCUACUCGCCCAUGGACGUGGCCUCCUUCGAGGCCAUCAUGGCCGUGGACAAGAAGGUCGCGGACGGCGCGCUGCGAUUGAUCCUCCUCAAGGGCGCCCUCGGCAACUGCGUCUUCACGGCGGACUACGACAAGGACGUGCUGAAGAAGACGCUCGAGUACUACUGCGACGACGCGCAGCGGACCCGGGACGAUUAA